AUGGUCGCUAACGGUAAUAAAAGCACGUCCCAGAGUAUAGAUGGAGUCGAGGGUGGCGUCGUAGGUAUGAGCGGCAGCCUCGUCUUCGGGUUGACCCUGCAGCAGCAGGGAGGCUGCCAGGGCGGAUUAGAAUGCUCCGAUGCGCUUCGAGCGGCCGGAACCCUGACCCUCGUAGGCGGUGGUUGGGACGAUAGAGAUUGCGCUCAAGGGAGCAAAACGAGCGCCCUAGAAGUUGCGCCCGAGGAACGGGCAAGAGUCAACAAAGAGGACAGCCCUACGGGCCACUUGCGGCUUGAGUUCAUGCACGAGGUCAUGGCCCACAUCCGCCCAGAGCAUCCCAAGUCCAUGACGCUCCGGGUUCUACUCGCCAUAACAAUCAUCUCCGCUCAAUUCAAACUCCUCGCCUCCGGUUCGCCACCGGACGUAUGUCCGCGCGCGAGCGCGCCUCCGGCACGGCUGCUGGCAGCGCCAGCAGCCCCAAAGGCGGCGGAGCGGUUACCGACCGCCCCGAAGCCAGCAACAACACCACCAUAA